CCUGUACCGCCUCCUCAUGCUGCUGCCAGGUCCACAGUGUGUCAUGGGUCCCUGUACGGCCUCCCAUUGCUGCUGUCUCCAUCGCCACACUCUGCCAUGUGCCACUUUCAGGUCUCCUCACACUGCUGAGUGUGUCAUGGGUCCCUGUACGGCCUCCAUUGCUGCUGUCUCCAUCGCCACACUCUGCCAUGUGCCACUUUCAGGUCUCCUCACACUGCUGGUGGGUCCACAGUGUGUCAUGGGUCCCUGUACGGCCUCCCAUUGCUGCUGUCUCCAUCGCCACACUCUGCCAUGGGCCCCUGUACCGCCUCCUCAUGCUGCUGCCAGGCCCGUAAUCUGCCAUGGGCCCCUGUACCGCCUCCUCAUGCUGCUGCCAGGU